AUGGCCUUGUUCAGGAACGAAAAUGAGGCGCCGGUACUCAUAGGCGCCUACGGGAAUUCAAAAGCAGAAGCAGACGCACUUUUUAGAAACGGCUAUUACAGGAAGGCAAUAGACAGCUAUACAAACGCCCUAACCCAUCGCCCCAAUGACAUACUUAGUUUGGUGUUUCGGUCCAGAUGCCAUCUACUACUGGGCGACAUCAACAAGGCAAGUCAGGAUGCAGAAGCGGCAUUGAACGAGAACAAGACUUAUUAUUUGAGCAUCUUCCAAAAAGCCGAAGUUCUAUUCAACAAGGGAGAUUUUGAGAUGGCGCUGGUCUUCUAUCACCGAGGCAACAAGCAGCGUCCGGAGUUCCACAAUUUUCGUCUUGGGAUAAGGAAAGCUCAGGAAGCCAUUUACAACUGCGUUGGGACUCCAGAAAGAGUGAAGCUGAACACCUCUGGUGAUUUAUCGUUCUUUGCUGCAAACAUAGAGAAAAAGACAACAAGAAAGGGUGCACUCUGCACACAGACGCCUCGAACUGUGCAGAGGGGAAAGCGGCCGUCGGAAAAGAUUGGCAAUGAGAAAACUAUUAAACAGAUGCUCGGAGAUCUAUACGGCGACAGACAAUUUCUGGAAAAAAUACUAAAAGACAUAGACACACAAACUAGAACCGGAAGGAAAGUGUACAAUUUUGCGAAUGACGGUUUGACGUAUCUGGACAAACUGGCAGAUUUCUGGCAGCAGGUGAAGCCUAUCUAUGCUCGGAAGUAUGAGACACGCUUGGCGCUAAACCGGGGCAGAUCAGCCAAAAUUUCAGCUCAUGAUUACAUUUACAAUCAAAUUGAGAAGAUCGAGCACUUGAUGGCUGACGGCAACCACGAGGCCACACUCGCCAGAGCGGAGAAGGUCUUGAACCUACUGAACGAAUACAGCGAGUCGCAGCUGUCCUGCAAGAUGCAGUUGGCAUCAACCCUGCACAGCAUUAUGGGCAAUGCUUACAUGGAACUGAACGACUACGAAAACGCUAUUAUCCACCAUUCAUUGGACCUGGCCAUCGCAGAGCAAUGGUACAUAGAUCAGGCUGAAUUACGGGCCCUGGAUAAUUUAGGACGAGCUUAUGCCAGAAAUGGAGAAUACCAGAAAGCCAUUGACGUGUGGGAGAGAAAGCUUCCUCUCAGCAAAGGCCAGCUAGAAAUCGCCUGGCUGUGCCAUGAGCUUGGCAGGUGCUACUUAGAGCUUGAUCAGACGAAGGUCGCCAAGGAGUACGGGACUCGGUCGCUAACUGUGGCAAACGAGGUCGGCAACGACAAAUGGAAACUACAUGCCUACGUUCUGAUCUCCCAAGCCCAGGUGAAAUCGGGACGCUUAUCCUCCGCUCUGAUCAAUUUUGAGAAUGCUGCAGAACUUGCUUCUCUGCAAAGAGAUUUUGAAGCCCGAGAAGCCAUCAUGAGAGCCAUCGAUGACGUCAACGACAGGAUACAGAAGCGAGAAAUGGCGCCGUCCCUGGAGCCGCUAGAAGACGCAGUGCCUAGGCUGGAGAGCUAUUUGGUGAGGGUUGAGUGA